UUCAGGAAGGCAUCCUUCAUCCAGCAACUGCUGCUCCUGCUUGGAUUCAUCACAACAAGAUGGCGUCAGGUCUCCUCUUCCUGUUGCUCCUCGGGAUCGGAGGAAAUAUAUAUUGUGAAGCGGCACCACCAAUUUGUCUUCCAUUCUUCUGCAGACGUUGUCCUCCUGGGUGGACUAAGUAUGACAACAACUGUUACCAGUUCCAGAACCAACAACUGGAAUGGGCCAAAGCUGAGACAUUCUGCAAAAGACAUGGUGGACACCUGACCUCCAUCCAAGACACAGAUCAGUACAACUUCAUCAGGGAGCUGAUCUUCAAAGGAGCAGGAACAAACCAAAAGUCUUGGGUUGGAGGCACCAAUGCAGGCUGGGUUCAUAUGUGGAGGUGGACCGAUGGAACACCGUUUACUUUUGACUCCUGGGGUCCAGGUGAACCCAACAACCAAGGUGGAAACGAGCACUGCAUGGACAUGAACCUGUUUGGACAAGAUUAUGUCAACGAUGAAGACUGCUCCCAACAGAACUCCUUUGUCUGUAUUAGACCAUCGAAAUACAUCUUUGAACCACAAGACUGAUUUAAAAUGAAUUACAAUGAAAACACAAAUAAAUUGAUGUUCUCAUCAGUCUGA